AUGAACUUCGUGGCAGAACAGGAGAACUAUGCUACCUUUUCCUACCCACAGAAUGCGAAUCUUAUUCUUGGAAGCGACGCGUUCGGACUUGCCUAUCUAAGCAAACUGGAAGGCUCCAUCCAUCCAGCUAACAGUCUGCCCUCCAACUCCCCGCCUCCUCCCAAUGGACGUCUGAGUUUCGGAGCACUCUUGAUUGGCGAAAAUUCGGAGAUGCUGGUUGAAUCUGCCGGUCAGGGUGAUGUGAUUGGUUGCCACCUGGACCUUGACCGUUCGAUCGCCUACUGGACUCGCAACGGACGACCCCUGCGCUAUGGGGCUGUCAACACACAGGCAGCAUCGGCAGCAGCUCUCCUCUCCUUCGCUCAUCUGCCCCAGGGUUUCACUCUCUACCCCGCCUGUUCUAUCAGGGUAUGCUUAGUAGUUUUGCGCUUUUUGCAUAUUGUUAGAGGAAUGAGAAUUUAA